CGCAGCGGGGAGGCAGGACAGACAGACACCCACGCACAGCCAGGAGGUCCCGGGGUCAGCUGCCAAGGUACCAGCAAAGCCAGCCUGAAGGAGAAAGCAAGAAGUGCAAAGCAGUCUGCAGGAGUAACCUGAAGUGGAAUGUAAGCAAAAUGACUUCACUGCCGUUCAUCUUCCUGCUCUGCUUCCUCUCAGCUGAAGCUGCAAGAAGCAAAUAUCCUCCCAAAGCAGCAAUCUCAAGCCCCGUGUUCGGACCACGGCAGGUGUAUGGCCUGAUCGAUGGGUCGGUUACGGUGAAGUGCUUCUACCCGCCCACCAAGGUGAACAGGCACGACAGAAAAUACUGGUGCAGGGAAUCGUCCCGGAACUGCCUGACCGUCGUCUCCUCCAACGGCUACACGUCCCCGAGCUACCGCGGCAGAGCCUCCAUCAGCGACUACCCGGAGCAGGGCGUCAUGGUGGUGAACAUCUCGCAGCUGGUGCUGUCAGACAGAGGCACCUACCAGUGCGGGGUCGGCCUCAAUGGCAGAGGGCUCUCCUACAAAGUCAGCCUGGACAUUUCUGAAGGUCCAAACGUCCCCGAGGAGGCCGAGCUCUUCUACGUGGAGCUGCACGGCUCCGUAACCAUGACCUGCAGCUUUGGGGCGGACACCGUCAGCAUGAGGAAAUACUUGUGCAAGAUGGAGAAGAACGUCUGCAACAACAUCAUCGACACGCAUGGGAAGAUCGAUGAGGACUUCACAGGGAGAGCCCUGCUGAGCAAUGAGGACACCGACGGCGCAUUCAGCGUCAUGAUAACCCAGGUGAACUGGGAAGACGCAGGCUUGUACGUGUGCGGGGUUGGCUCCUACGGGGAGUACGGAGAAACGAAGGAGCUGGAUUUGCAUGUCUACGAGGGGUCAAACGUUCCUCAAGGAAAGAGCACAGUAACCGGAGUCAAAGGAGGUUCAGUAACCAUUGAAUGUCACUACGAUCCCGCGAAAAAUUACUCGCUCAAGUACUUGUGCAAGUGGAGAAAGAAUGGGUGUUCUCGGAUCAUAGAAAACACCGGCUUCGUGUUUGACACUUACGAAGGAAGAGUGGCCAUGUUCGACAACCCGCAGAACGGCACAUUCAGCGUCGUCUUGAACCAGCUGCGGGACAACGACAAAGGCUAUUACUGGUGCAUGACGAACGAUGAAAGGGAGAGGAAGUCAUCGAAGGAGCUGAAGGUCGUAGAAGGAGAGCCUGGAUUAAAGGGGAAGGAGGACGUGCUGGCAGAAGCGGGCUCACGGGUCGAUUUAACGUGCUCUUACCCGUGCAAGUACUACUCCUACGAGAAGUACUGGUGCAAGUGGAGCAGCGACGGCUGCUCCCCCUUGUCUGCCUCUGACCAAAGCCAGCCAGGGGUGGACGUCAGCUGUGACACCGCCAACAAGACACUCGUCCUAACCUUCGACUCGGUGACCAGCGCGGACCAAGGGUGGUACUGGUGCGGGGUGAAGCGCAACGGCCACUACGGGGAAACGCUGGCGGUGUACCUGCAGGUGGCUGGAGGGGAUGCAGAGAAAGUUGCCGAACUCAGCCCAGAGCUCCUGAAUUUGGACACUCUCAGAAAUGCUGUGGCUCCCAGCGAUGCUGUGGCUCCCAGUAAUGCCGCAGCUCCCAGCAAUGCCGUGGCUCCUGGUGAUGCCGCAGCUCCCAGCAAUGCUGCAGCUCCCAGCAAUGCUGCAGCUCCCAGCAAUGCCGUGGCUCCCGGUGAUGCUGCAGCUCCCAGCAAUGCUGAAGCUCCCAGCAAUGCUGCAGCUCCCAGCAAUGCCGUGGCGCCCAGCAGUGCCGACCGUGGCGUUGUUCCCCAGGGGAGAGCCUUCAGCGAUGCUGGGGUGCAAAACGCAGCUGCCUCCGAAAGCUCUGAACAAAGUUCUGGCUCCAAUGCCCUUACUGUAGCCCUGGCCUCCUCUGGCGCAGCAGUCGUCGUCCUCGGUGCAGCUUUUGCUGUGUUUAAAUACCGGCAGCUCAAGAGAUCAGACCUGGUGUCCGUGGGGAGCUACAGAACCAACAUCAGCAUGUCGGACUUCGAGAGCGUGAAGGAGUACGGGGCAAACGAUAACACCUGCAUGAAAGCGAGCCAGGAGACUCAGCUGGGAGGGGACGAAUUCAUCACCACCACUGCCAGCGUUGAGAGCACAGCUGAGACAAAGAAGGCAAAAAGGAGCUCCAAGGAGGACGCCGACCUCGCCUACUCCACCUACCUCCUCACCUCCAACGCCAUCGCCCAGGGCUGUGCCCCUGGGGACAGCGCGGCUCCGGCUGCGGCCCCCCCGGCCUGGGACGGGCAGGUCUGAGGGCAGGGGACACGGGGACGCGGCAGUGAGGGGGUGGCUCUGCCGUGAGGCUCAGCAAGCUGCGCUGCUUGCUGCUGUCACAAUUUGCUAUAGCUUGAUCUUUUCCUGUUUAAAUUCAGCUUCCAGCGGUGAUUUCGUCAGAAUUGUAGGGGCCCGAGCGCGGAGGUGCAGUGGCAGGAGCCCGAGGGGCUGAGCCCCUGCAGCCCCAGGCUGGCCAGGGUCCCUUGUGAUGCUGUGGGCUCCCAAAGACCAGAAGAUGUUUGUUUGUUUGUUUUUGUUUUUAAAUCCCAUUUUUUCCUAACGGUAGCUGAAAAACCCUUUACAACAAUGACUCGCGCUUUUGAUCCCUCUCAGCUUUCUCCCCCAGAGGCAGUGCUGACAGACCAGGGGUGCCUGCAGCGGUUUUGUUCACGACCAAUAAAGAAUACAGGCGGCUUUCAGCAGACCGGGCGGGCUCUCAUUCUGUGGCAGGGCACAGGGAAAGCACCUCUGAAGAGUCACAGCACGGGCACGCGUGGGCAGGGACUUUCUCCUCACCCUUGGGACUGGUGUUGGGCAUCCAUCAGCCCGCCGCAAAAGCAAUGGGGUCCAAAGUUUGUCAUGACAAAUACACUGGUGUGUUUUUGGUUUGGUUUGGCUUGUAUUUUUUCCAAGUGCAAGCAGUCUGCUUUAGCCUGUCAAUGAAAAGUGCUGCUGAGAGCUGCCACCCAGCAGCCCCAAGAGCCCCAUGCCCUCUGCCUGCAAAGAAGCAUUUCCCCUCUGGGUCUGUGCCUCUCCUUUGAUUUCACCUCCUUGUGCUCUGGCUUUCUCCAGCAUUUUUGACACUUGCUGUUGCAAACGACACAGGAGGGUCUGAGCCCCACAGAAGCGAGGGGCAAUGGAGAAGAGUGGGGAACGUUCUGAGUAAUGUUCCUCAUAUGCAUUUUCGUCGACAGCAGCAAUUUACCACAGAAUGGCAUUAAUUAAUACGACGGCUUGUUGAGCAGCCUCUAUAACGGAUUAGGCAACAGGCAUCGGUGAUUGCUGCCCCCGGCUGGUUUCGUGUUUGUCCAAGCAGAAGCAAUGAUGGCUGUAAUUAAAAAAA